AUGCCAAAUCUGCAGUUGGAAAUACAGGGCAAAGGGUCCCUCCCAUCAGGAGAAGGAGCUGGCAAGGCCUGUGGAGGCUGCCGGAACCUCAGGCCCAUGGGCAGACUCCAGUCCCCACAGCAUGGCAGGUCCCUGAAGGGUGCAAGUUCUUCCGCAUCCCUGCUAGACAAGCCUCCGGCCCCUCCUGCUGCCGCGCGCCCCGCCCCUCGCGCCCAGCCCCGCGUGGGCCCGCACCUGCUCCGCCAGAGGGCACCCUGGGACCGCCGCCCGGCGUCCUCGCCCCAGCAGCUAGAUCUCCGGCAGGGGAGAGUCGUCCUCCCACGGCCGCGGACCCACCAGCGGGAAGGCGGGACACCCGUGCACAACGAAGCAGGCUCUGUACACAGUGGUCAUUGGCGCACCACACCUCACCCUGCCCGCAGUCGGCAUUUCUGGAGUUUGCCCCCCAGGUAUGCCAUCCAGGAAGACCACGAGCACAACGGGGUGAUUAUAGGCAAGACCGAAGAUGUCAGCCCUUGCCAAAGGAAGGUUAUGGAGAGUGGUGGGGUUGUGUACAUGAGUGACCUCCCAGUCUACACUCAGAAAAGGAUCGUCCACCAUUCUGCCCUGUCUGGGUUUUCAUCUGCUGCUCUGGACCUUCUUGCUGCGGUUCAGGCAGAGGCUGUGAUGACAUCAGGAAGAUUGGCCAGAAUGAUCCUAUCAAAAAGUAAGCUCUGCAUGGGAAACAUGGUGGCCAAGACAAAAGUUGUCUUUCGCUUAAAACCGAAAACAUCAUUAACAAGCUUGACCAACAUAAAUAAGCAUGUGUCUCCAAACAAACAAAAAUACCUAACAGUGAAAUUCUGAAAUCCACAUUGAAGCAAGAGGAAAAACCCAUUCACGUUUCUAUAAAAAAUGGUAACAUUUUCUGUAACAUCUCCUGGAAAGCGCAAGCCCCAAACUGGGACUUGGGUCUCCCAGCAAAGCGCAAGGGCAACGCAGAGGCUGCAGGGAGGCGCCCCAGCAAGCACCCUGGCAGUCGCUGUCCUGGCGGGAAGCUCCGUGGAGGCCUCCGCAGCAAGAGCCGAAGCAAACACACUUGGGAGAAAGCAAAACCCAACACAGAUGGUCUUGGGCGGUACGAGCAGUGGUACCAGAGCCCCGAUAGCGGCAGUGCAGCCUCGGCGACAUUAUGCACGGAGCCAAAGGAGCAAAAACCCUAAGGGACAGAGAGAGAGGAGGAAGAGGAAAUUCCCUGGCAUCUUCACAAAGGCAAGGGUCUAACGUUGGUAGUAAUCAUGCCACCAAAUUCAAGGACUGAACUUCAGAUACCUAUUUAGAAUAUGCUAAAGAGACACAAUGAUCUGAAUCUGUGACUGAUCAUCCGCUGGAUGUGUUUUAAUAGGAUCAUACAUACUAAAGUGCAUUGUACACAGCAACAUGGCAACUGAAAAUAAUUACUUAUACUAUUGCUAUUGAUGAUAUAAUAGUGAUCACAAAUGUUAUUAGUAAAUAAAUGGGUGAUUUUAAAAACUCCAUACCAAAGAGGUUUUUGUUAUUUUGCCAUUAUUAAUUCAAUAUGUAAUUUAAAUGGCCCUAUUUUCUAUCUUUUUGUUUCUGUGGAUAGUCACCAUAUAGUAAGGUUCUUACCUUGCCAGGAUGACCAGCUGGUUGUUAUCUAAUAAAUCUGAGCUCAA